AUGGUGGGUGGUGGAAGCACCGCAGUUGGAAACUCAAUUCGCUCUCCUUCAAGCAUCUCUUUCCUUUUCACCGGUGAAAACUUUGCAACAACAUCAGCCGCCGCCGCCAGAACACCGAACAAUGCCGCCCUAUGCCUUGCCAACCUCGAUUCUGAUGGCAACCAUUUGUUAGACUUUCAGGAUUUCAUGAAGUUCAUGACCAUUAACAAGGAUGAUGAUCUCAGAAAAGCUUUUGAAAUGUUCGUGUGGGAGAAGAAAAACACGGAAGCUUCAUCGUCAUCGUCAGCUAUCACCCUAAAGGGUUUGCAACAGAUGCUGCAGCAGUUUGGUCUUGAAAGCUCAUAUGAUGACUACAUCGCCAUGAUUGCUGUCUUCGAUAUUAAUCCUAAUUAA